AUGGUAUCCGGUAAGAGAUAUUCAGAGACAGCCCAUAAAGUGGCACAGGGCCGUGCCAGAAAGCGGAAGCAGGAGUAUGAGAAGAGACAGGCUGAACGUGCUGAAAAGGAAGUCGAGGAGAGCAAGAAGUGGGAAGAAGGUGUCAGGAAGGUCAACCCAAAGAAACUUCUCGAAGAGCAAAAAAAGCAGGAUAAACUGAGAGCUAGACGGGAACGUGCGGAGCUUUUGACAGCGGAACAGGAAGCGCUCGGGGUAGGUGGGAAGGGUAAAUAA